UGGGAUUAUAGGCAUGUGCCACCACACCUGGCUUCAAAUCUUUUCUUAUAGACACAACUCUUUUCCAUCUACCCAGAAAAAACAACAACUAUUGAUAUUUAAUUAGGGUCCCCAUUUCAGGCAUGGUUUGCUUGGUGGUUUGACAUGGUUCUUGUCAUAAUAUAUAUCACUGGCAUUUUUUUUUUUUUUUGGUAUCACUGGCAUUUUUGAAAAAUAAGCUUUUAGAAAUCUUAGGUAAACACUGUUAGGGGAGGUAAAAAAAAACUCUAUCCAUGUUAUACUGAUAGACUAUGUAGUGCCAAAAUUUAACCAUUCCCUCCCCCAUUUAUUACACAUUGAGUUAUUUUCCAGUUUUUACAAUUAUAAACCUGUAAUAGAUCCUUAGGAUGAAUCUCUGCAACGUCAACUACUGAAUAGAAUAGUAGGAGAUUUUUUCAGCACAUCCUGCUUUGCUGUUUCCCAAGGGUUUUAAGUCCUAUAGGACCUAGACUGCACUUGCGGUAGAGGGGCCCCGCCUGGGGGGGGGGGGAGAGUGGAUGCGUAUGGGAAUGUGUGGAAGACCCUGCUGGGACUACAAUUCCCAGCAUGCCCCGCGGCGGGAGGUCGGAAGCAGAGAGUGCAGAAGCCGGUCCCGGAGCGGCUGCCCCGCCCCGUCCCUCCCCGCUCCGCCCCGCGGCCUCGAGUCCUCGUUGUCUGUGGCGUCACGGCGUCGGCGCGCACGUGGGGCGGGGCGGGGCGGAGGCGCAGGCGGGAAGGGGUUCAGUGGGGACGCUGUUUCUCUUGGGCGUCGGGAACAUGGGCGACCCCGGGCCAGAGGUCGUGGACUCCGUCUCUCCCUCCAGACCCGAGGUUCCCGCGUCCGCGGCUGAGGAGAACGAAGACGACAUCCAGUUUGUCAGUGAAGGACCAUUAAGACCUGUUCUUGAAUACAUUGAUCUGGUCAGCAGUGAUGAUGAAGAGCCUAGCACCUCUUAUAGUGAUAGAAUGCCUGCAUCUAAGGUGCCAUCCUCUGAGAAUCAUCGCUCUAGCUGCAGUGUUCCUCUUCCCAUUGGAGACAGCAGCUCCUCCUCUGGGAGUUGUGCCAGCAGUCCACAAAGGAUAGUUUCUCAACUUUCCUCUGUUGAGAACCCAUUGGAAAACCAGAAAAAUGAUCAAAAUAAUUCUGAUAAUAAGAUCUCUGAGACAGAAUCACUUAAACUAUCACAAAAUUAUCAGACUUUGCCUUCAUCUCCACUUCUGGUCCCCCAGGAAUCUUUGGACUCUUCUGAGAUCAAAGAGGAUUUACCCAUAGAGUCUUCUGCUUCACAGCAUGGACAGGAUGCCAUCCUCUAUCUCCAGACACAAGUGGCUGAGAUGUCCCGAGUAAUACGUGAUCUGCAGUCCAAGAGCUGUUUUAGGUUUCAUCAUUCUAGGCCAAAUGAGAAUUCUUCAGUUCCUUGGGACCUCUCCACAUCUAAGGAAGAAAAUUUAUCGACAGGUGAAGAAGCUGAUUGCAAAUCCCCAACAGCUGAUGAAAAAGGGCAGCCAACUGAUCCCGCCCAAUCUAGUUUCACAGGUCUUUUGAAGAGAAUGGAACAGAGAGGUGUUAUAAAGAGGGUAACAUUACAAUCUGAAACAGAAUUGUGUGAAGGGAAACCUGAUUGUGUAACCUCUAAAAAACGUUUGGUUCCUCCAUUACAUCCUCUUUUAAGAAUUGCUACCACUGAAGUUUUUAAGGACCCUGCUGAUUGUCACCCUUCUUCCUUCAUGGGACACAGGGUAUAUCCUGUGUCCAGGGAUACCUCUCCUUUCCAACCAAAUCCACCAGCUGAGGGCCCCAUUGUAGAAGCAUUAGAGCACAGCAAAAGAGGAAGCACAACAUCUCCUCUAGAUUCUACCUCAAAAGAAAUGGAGGUCAUGGGUUGUAGAUUCUACCAUGCUGCCUCCAUUGCAGCCCGAGCUGCUAGCUAUAUGGCUUAUAUGACUCAAUAUCAGCGUAAGCUCUGGGAAGACAUGGAGGAUUUAGUUCAUAACCCACAGUUUGAUCGUGGAAAAGCAAGGUGUAUAAUAUCUGAUGGUAUGGAUGCAGGCCUUUGGCAGCUUUGUACUACUAGAGACAUAAUGGACUCUGUAGUCAGAGUUAUGGCCAUGGCAAUAGACUAUAGAAGGCAGGCCUGGCUCCGACUUACAUCUCUCAGUAAGAAAACGCAAGACAAGGUCUUACACUUGCCCUUUGAUGGUACUUCUCUUUUUGGACAAGAUGUAAAUGCUGUUGUUGCAGAAGAAAACAGUAUUAAAGAAAAUGACUAUAAGGAUCACAAUAAAUACUAUAACCAACAUCGAUACUUUAAUAGUCAUGAUCAGAAAGCAUAUUAUCACAGUAGAGGAUAUUCCAGGGGGGAUUGGUACAAACCCCGAAGCCAUCCCUAUAGAUAUAGAAAAAAGGGAGACUCUCCAGAACGACAUGGAUACAAGAAUUAACAUAUUCAGCAGAAUAAUCAUCCGAGAUUCUACUUUACUUGUUUCAUCCCAUUCAAAUAGGAUCGAGUUUAUAGGCAGGAGAUCAUCAAUAAACUGAAUGCAUGUCUGGAAUGAUCAUAGUGAAUGUUUGAAUCCUAGACUUUGGGAAUGAAGUAUGUAAUGAAAAGACUUCAAGCUUUAUUGGCCAAGUGAGUAUUGGAGAUUUUGCUGUAACGAGGGUUGGACAAAGGUUAGCCAUUAUUUCUGGUCCAAAAAGGCCAGAGGAGGGCACUUAGGACUCCAAAUCCGCUUGUGAUUGAAGGAAGUAUAUAGAUAUGUUCCUCAGGAAAAUUGUGUUGGUAAACCAAGGACCAGCAGAUUUUGAAUCUGGAAACAGUUUACUGCUAGAUUUCUAUUUACUAAGAGCAGAGGCAAAUCCUUCAUGUUUAGGUUAUCAGUGCUUUGUUCAGGCAUCAGCUUGAUAGAUCUUUGAUAGAUCUUCAUUAAAUGACAGCUCUGCUAAUAGUCUCUGUGUCAAGAUGGUCAACUCACCAAGACUUCAUGCUACUAUCAAGCUCUGUGAGACUUUAGAAUCAGCUAUGAAGCUAUGUGCCAGUUGGAAUUCAAAUCAAAUUUUCCAAAUCCAGUUUGCUUCCAGCUGGAAUGGCUUUAUGGUACAAGUCUGCUAUGGAUACCAGCUGGAAAGACUUUUCUACCUGUAACAAUGUUGUAGAAAUUUUUGUAGUAACUGUCUUCAUCAAGACUGAUGGCCACCAUACCAUCAAACCUCAUAAAACUACAUGUGUGAUAAUUCUUUGUUGUCAUUGGUCCUAGUAGUCUUUGACCUAUCAAGCUGCCAUAUCAAUAAGUGGAAAGACUGUCAUAGAGGUCUCACUACCAUCUGGGCCUUUCACCAAGAUGGCCUUCAUAAACCUAUCUUCUCAGCAGUUAAUUUGUUUGAGCUUGGUAAUGCAUCAUACUCUAAAUAUAAAGAUGUGCAUAGCAGUGCUCUGGAAAUAAAAGAUAUUUACACCCUCAAGACAUGCACAUCAAUUCUUUAGGAGUAAGAUUCUUAUUCAAAACAUGGCUGACAAUCUGGUCCUCUUAGCAAAAUAAAACAAGGUGCCAUCAGUCUAGCUUUUGUUGAGAAAUCCUUAAAAUUUAAAGCAAAACUGUGGAUAUCAUGAAGAGAACAAGCCACACAACUCUGUUUCUGGAUAUCUAACUGAUGAUAUUCAUUAAAGAUAUUUUGAAAGCCUGAAAUCAAGACUUCAAAUGAUUUGUACUGGUUAAUUGGUCACUCAUUCUAGUCAAACUCACCAUAAGAGAUGACUUAUGUUUUCUACCGUACUGGAACUGGCAGCAGAUACCUCAGUUACAUGUGCCACAGUAUCUUCUCUGUAUCUCAAGGCAGUGGCUAUGUGGUAUACCAGCUCUGAGGGCCUUGUCUUCACAGCAUGGCUUCGGGAAUGGAGAAAAUGUCAAGGUUGAGGGGUCUGAAUACAUCAACUACUGUUACUUGCUUGGCACCCAUAAAACUUUUUUGGACAGACUUAUAUAAUUCUGUAAUUCCUUUGGUUUUUCAAACGUGUCUUUUUUUAUCUGCUUGAUCAAGGUAUCGUAGGUAUACUGUGAGUGGCAUGUAGCACUGUUUUAGGGUUUAUGUGGUUCCUUUUUGUCAUAGUUCUUGCACAGUAGUGGUAACAUUUUCUUGAUGUCCUUUUUCAUAGAUUAUUAGAAGCUUAUUCCUCCCAUCAUAACUAUACUGAGCAUACUUUUUAAACCUACUUUUCUUCCUCUUGCCAUAGAGGUUGAAGACAUGAUUGUCCCUGCUUGGAAGAAGUUUCUUUAUUGUCAGAUAAUUUCAGGGUACUGUAUUGGUCCUUUCUGUCCUAUUUGUAGGUGAAGCCUGAACUAGUCUUGAUAAAGAUCACUUAGUAAAUUUAUCCAAGUUGUAUCUAAAGUUAAUAUUUACCUUAUUUUUUUCUGUUUUUCACAAAGUUAGAUCCGUGUCAAUGCUCUGUAAAAACUGUCUUUAAAAGAAAAAAAAACAAAGAUCCCACAAAAAAACUAAGGGCCUAAGAAUUACACAUAGAUUUUUGUAGCUUAUAACAAGUAUUGUACCAGUGGAACAGUCUUGUGCCCUUGACACUGGUGCUGUAAUUUUCUCGUACAAAGACGAACCACCUGACAUCCCACAGGAGAAAGACCUUAGGUUUUAUGUGGCUGCGCAUAAGUGUUACUAAUUAAGGCGCUUUUAAUUUCAUUUUUCCCCAUUUCUUUCCUGAAUUACAUGGUAUGUCACCAGCUUGGUGAUUUUUGAGAUACCCUUAUUUCCUAAAAACUAAACCAAAUUAGUGCUUAUACUCCCCUUCUCCUUUUAAAUUAUGGUUUAAAAAAACCCAAAAUGUAGCACCUUAAUAGUUUUAAGUGUAUAAUUUAUUACUGUUAACCACAUUGUUGUGCAGCUCUUUCUUAAAUGUUUUAAAAACGUUGUUAUUCUCUUUUGAUACUUACGUUGGUCAGUUAUAAAGUAAAAGUGACAUUGCUUAACCACUUAAGCCCAUGUAUCUCUAGAAAAUUCAGUUUUCCUAAAGUGAAAAAGUAUUAGAAACCAACAAAUUGGUGACCAAUUAAGUAAAUUGGUGAAAGUAUUUGACAGUUGAAUGGGGAUAGGGACAGAAUGCAAUAGAGUGGGAAUGGUGUUUACCUGUAUAUUAGUUUCCUGACUGCAGAAGAAACAAUAUCCCAGUACCCUUAGCACAUUUAUUUUUUUGUAAUCUCUGGCAUACUUGAAUGAUGAUGGUGUUAUAAACCUAAAAGUGGUUACUUGGUCUAGAGAGACGACCCCAGUAGGGUACAGAACUCAUAAUAUUUAGUCAGAUACAUAGUCAUUGUGCUUGCUAUGUGCAGAGCCUGUGACAAAGUUCUUUAUUAGGCUAACCUCUGAUUUAAAAUACCUCUAGGUUUUUUAGGAGGCCUUGAAAUAGCUGCAAGUUUAAUGAUUUAGUAUUUUCAAAAAAGAUGUGUCUAAUUACCUUUUUCUUCAAAAUGUUAUUUCUUGACUAGACAAAAUGUAUAUGAAGAAAAUAUGAUUUCUUGUAGUUACUAUGUAUAAAGAAAUACUAUCUCCAUUGUUAUAUGAAGUGCCUUUUAAAAUUUCACACUUAUGUUUAAAAUUUAUUUGGUGUCUUGCAUAUAUUGCAGGUGGUAUUUGUGUGAAUUUUGUACAGUAUUUCAGUUUGUUUGUCUUCAUUAUAUAAUUGCACUAUCUAAAUGUACUCUCCUGAAUGUUUUCUUUAUAGCACUGUUGACUCACUUCAGAAAGUUGUAUACUUUUCUCUCCCUUAUUCAACAGAAAUUCUUUUUAUUUUUUAGUGAUUGGCCUGGUUUUCUAGACAUUGAGGCAGCUUCAUAUGUUCUAGAUUUUCUGAUUGAGUCAUUUAUCUCAUAUUUAACCUUGUUCUUAGCCAUAGUAACAAAAUGUGUUCAUUUGGUAAGAAGCAAGGACAUCUUAAAAAGCAGUAAAUUUACUGACACUUUAUGUAUGUAUAUAUAUAUACAUAUAUAUAUUUAUUUUAGACUGUGUGAUAGCUUCCUUAUCAGUAUGUUACAUUUACACUUUCUUUAAAACUGUGGUACCUUUAUCAAUUUAAUUUCAUUUAUUUACUUAGCCCUCAAAUGACAUUUUGAGGGGAAUAUAUGCGUUUUCAGGCUCCUUAGAUACUAUUUAGUACUUUAUAAUAGUACUACACUAAUAAUUUACUGAAUUAUACCUAAGUGACCUGAUAAUGUCCUGUCCUUAAGGGCCUGAUACAUCCAGGAUAAGCGCUCAGGUAUUGUAAACGAGGAGGUUGAAAAAAGAAACGCA